CCAACGAAUAAGCGUCCGUGAUUAUAUUCUGUGAUUGGUUAGAAAUCCAAAAUGGCCAACGAAUAAGCGUCCGUGAUUAUAUUCUGUGAUUGGUUAGAAAUCCAAAAUGGCCAACGAAUGGAAAAGCGUGUGUGCGUAUCCCAACACUGUUGCUGACGUCACACCAGGAAUUAGUGGAACCUCCUAUCAGUUUAUAUUUGCCUAAUACAAAGUGUAUAUUUCGAGCCGAUUACGCUAGAUGGCGCCACGAGGCACUCGCAACAUCACGUGACGUUACGUUAGUAACAGUAGUAAACGUGGGAACACUGGGAACGUCGGAGAUUGUUUGGUUGAGCGAUUGUGUCACAGCACAAGUGUCGAAAACAAUGAGAAUGUUUGUUGUUUCGCACCGUAUUUUAAGCCGCGUAUUGUAACCGAGAAUGGUGUCGUGUCAAACGAUCGAUUUAGUGGAUUCGGUGAUCGACGAGGUCGCGUUAGAAGGUUUGGACGGGAUAACCGUGGAAGCGUUAUGGCUGCGCUUAGCGAAUCGGCUUCGUGUUCCGUUGCCGUUUCCAAGAUCGUUCAUGCUACAAGUCUGGUCGAUCUGCGUGCAAGUCAGAGAAUUUGCGUUUUACGAAUUGGAGGUAGCGAGGGAGAAGCUCGUGAUCUUUGACCGAUAUCAAUUCGUGGACCCCGAUUUAGGUAUCAUAUUGGAACCGGAAAAUGUACCGGCAGACAUAUACCCUCACUGUCCUAUAAACGACACGGCCAACGGAAUCAUAGGCUCCUGCUCGACUUAUCACACUCGUAAGGAUAUUACCGAGCUCGCGAGAAACCUUAGCUUGGACAUGGUCCAAGUGUAUGGACAGAAACUGGUGAUAGUCGCGUCGCAGACUGCGAGGAAUCACGCGUUGAUGGGAGUCGAUGUGUCGCCAAUUCUCGACUUCAACGUGAUACAAUACUGUUUCCUGGAGAGAAUAGGACGAUCGAGGUACCACGGCGAGGUUACUCAGGGGAAGCUGAGCUUGAACGCGUUGAAGGAAGACCCGAAGAGUCUGUUCUAUCACAGAAAGCUACUACUGCAACACAAACUGAUAACGAAGCAGCUGCACCAUCAGAAGGCCGGGGGUCACAGCUGCAACGGCAGCCUCUUGCACCUUCCGAGAUUCUUCGUCGAGAGGAAACCGAAGAUAGUGUUCCUGGCCGAGGAAGUUAUAAAGAUACUCAAAUCGAAGCCUAAUUAUAUGGUCGAGUACGACGAGCUGAAACGUAAAUUGGGCAUCGAGAAUUCGAUAAAGAAACUGUUCCAGACGUCGUUUUUCCAAAAGGCGGUGAAGACGGACGUCAGGGUUCCGUAUAGAACGCUGUACCCGAACGCGACGCCGGCGGAAUGGCAGAAGAAGAGCGAUCCGAAGAAGGAGAAGCAGAUCAAAGUGGUCCAACUGUUAUACCCGAACAUCGAUCUGGUCGAAGCGUUGAACAAAGAGGACGCACAGGAGGAGUACGAAUCCGAGGAGAUGAGCCUUUCGAGUCACAAGUUCUCCACUUCCUACUUGAAACAGACCAACAAGACUAUCGACGAGAGCGAGAGCGAAGGAGUAUGCCAGGGGGGCUUGUGUAAAACAAUGGGAUUGACGAAGCUUCAGUCGAGAACGAUUCUGAGGAAUCUGGUGAGAAGGAGCAUCGCUGCCAUUUACAUGAACGACGUCGGUAGACAGAGGACCUCCAAGUACGUGUCCAAGAGGUACGAGAAAGGAAGUAAACUGAGUAAACAGUUUCAAGAGCAGGUGGACAAGAUCAAACAGCUGAGAAGACAGAUCGUGAACGAAACCGAUGAUCUGAGAAGAACCAACGAGAUCGUCCGACCGACGAACGACGCAGUGGAUACGGUGAACGAGGGCAAGGGGAAUACUGAAAAUGAUCGAAUUAUUGUAGCCGAGCCCGAGACGUCGUCGUCGUCGUCGCCGUCGUCGGUGUCCAAGGUAGAAGAAGAAGAAGGAGGAGGAGGAGGAGGAACGGUUUCGAACAACACGACGAAAGAGCGAUCCUUGACCUUUCUGUUUCUCGUUACUAAUCGAAUAUUGUACAAAUAUCGCUUGACGAAGCGUGCAAACAGGUACAGACGUACCUUCUGCGACGUCGCAUCUACGAAGACUGUAACGAAAGAGGAGAGUAAAUCUGUCGACAGAUUCGGAGGAAAGAUCUCGGAGAGCGUAUCGAGGAACGAGGAAAAAUCUGAAGCCGAAGCGUACAAGAACAUAAAGGUCGAUUUGACCGUGAUUGACUCAAAAUCGGACGAAGAGAAACCGGACAACGAGAUAAGCGGAUUCAUGGAAGACAUGCAGAAGGGUGAGAAGGAAGUGUCCACGAAUAUUUCGUACAGAUUGUUGCGGAGGGCCAACAUGAUCAUCGAGACGGUGAAAGAGCAUCAAGUGAUCGACGACACGACCAAACUGAUGAAGAUGAUCAACGAGGAGGAGGACAAGGAAGGGUACGAUGUAAAGAUCGACAAGAAAUCUUUGGUAAGACUGUUGAAGAGACUGUCGAGGGACAACUUAGUGAAACACGUCGUACUCAGAUUGAGCGCGAACAACAAAGAGAAACGUUCGACCCUGAUAUGCGAGCCGAACAUAGAUCUGAACAGUUCGAUGGUUCAGUCGAUGAUCGAGCAAGCCAAGCUGAAAUUCUAUUUAAUGAUCUCUCAGAAACCUAAAUCGCCCGCGCGACCGAGCGCGUCGAACGCGUCGAACGCGUCGAACGCGUCCAACGAGUACGACGCCGUCGACGCGAACAAAUCUGAGGCCGCGGGAUCCAAGUGUGGGCCGAAAGCGUCGAGAAAGUACGGUUACAGCCCGAAAUUCGUUCGGAUGCAAACGCUGCACCAAUUCCUAUUUUAUCUGGUGUACGAUCACCCCGGUGAACAGACCCUGUCCAAGUCCGAACAAGUUCAGAUGUUGCGAGAUAAAAAUGUGAACGUGAGCGACGAGCUGGCAGAGGAAUUAUCCACGAUUUACAACACCGACGACGCUGUAAGCUGGAAAACGUUCGUGCCGCCUCUGACCAAGAACAAGAGCUGGCCCCGAGGCUGGACGUUGAUGUGCGACGCUCUUCUGCGUCUUCCGUUGUCGGUGUUCUUGAAGAUUCACUACGUCUCGUACACGGUGCCAGAGAUCGACGAUUACGUGAAUCAUCCGAUCAGAAAACAUUAUUUGGUGAGAGACUUGCCGAUCGAGAUACGAAAUUCUUUGUUUCAUUCGCGGAAAUACAUAUUCCACAUUCACGAGACCGUUACACGAUUGUGUUACCUCGGUCUGGUACAGUUCGGGCCGCAGAAAUUGAAGGAGAAAGAUCAGAUAUACAUCUUCGUGAACCGUAAGACCGAAUUAAUGGACACCACGUCCUCCGAGCCUGAUUAUCAUCGGAUCGAAGACAAACCGUAUCCAGUGGUCAAGUAUAAUUUCGACGGGUUGCAGUUGGUCGAGAAAUAUUGGUACGACAUGUGGAACACGUGCAUCAAUACGCCUCUGGGUGGUCGGCUCGUGGUACAGGGCAAAGACAUAGUGUUGGAAGAUUUGAACAAGAAGAGCGACAUGAUUCAAUCUCUGGUACCUCGGACACCGCAACAGGCCGUCGAGCUCGACACCGGCAAAGUGCCUGGUGAUCGGAGGGGCGCCGCCGGAAUAGAUUCAGCUUGUUUCGCACACCUGAAGAGGAACUGGAACUGGGCGUUCAACUCUAGCUUCCAGAGAGAGAAGACAGGAAAGAAGAGGAAGGUGACGUACGAAAGGGAAGCGUACUUGGCCAAGAUCAAAUCGAAACCUAUUCGAUUCACCGAGUUUUCCGGUUUGAAAACCGUCUCCGGCCCACCUUCCGUGAACGUGAACGAGCUCAGAAGGAAGACGAAUAGUAAGGAAGACAGCAGCAGUUGCGAACGGCAGCAGUUGCGACCGUUCCAGUGCAGUCAGAAGAGUGCCAGACAGAAAUCUUACGUGAGGAGAGUGUUGCCUCGAAAAUCGAAGGGCAGACGGCGGAUAAAGUACGACGAAGUAGAUUACAGAGCUCUGCAGAGGAUGCACAAAUUGCGAGUAGACUGGGACCCUCACGAAGACAAGAUUCUAUUGAUCUGUAAAGUAGCCAUGGUCUAUCUCUGCCCGAAUCCGCGUAAGCAAGUGAUAACGUUCUCCGCGAUAAGAGACGUUCUACGAACGUACUCGUACAGUUCGUACAACAAAACUUCCAGAGCCUGCCAGAGGCGUUUGUUGUACAUGUUGAAACAGCAGAGGAACGUGAACACGGUCACAUUGGGCGUCGAAGAACUGAGACAGAACUUUUUCCUCGACAGACGUUUCGGUGGUAUCGUCGACAAGCUCAAGGAGGAGUACACGGACUCGGUCGAACACGAGAAACGAGUGACGGAAGAGUUUAAAUCCCUCGUCGCUUACGUCGCCAAGAAGUAUUACGAUAUCUCCGACGUCGCUUCUAACAAGCCAUUGUCUGUGCCGAAGACGGUGCAAGAGUUCAAUCUGUUUUACAAGAUCGUCCACCCGAUGAAACCGUUUUACAAUCGGGGGUUCACGAGAGACGUUCGAAAUACCACCGACAUACAUUCCGCGGUGGUCAACUCUGUGAUUCACAGCUCGAUGUGUUGCGGGAAAGACAGGAGGUCGUGGGCGUAUCAAUUGUUCAAGAUAUACCAGCAGUAUCCGGAAAGUUUGUUGAGGAACGCGAUGGCAAAGAUUCGUAACGAUCAGAUGGUCACGGUGAAGAAGAAUCAAGUGACCGCCGUAAAGAAAUACGGUAAUUACAUGCCGAUGAGCAGCUCUCAGUAUCAGUUGAGCAACAUUUACAUUUAUAAAUUGCAAACAAAGUGGCCGUAUUCGAUAUUCAACGAGUCUUACGACGUCUUCUUGAGACUGAGCGAGUGGUACUGCCGUCGGAGCAACGAGACCGACCAUUUCAACGGUAUCGAAGUGCUGCCGGUCACCGGGGGAAUUGUAACCGCGAUGCAGGACUACAUGAUGAGAAAUCAAAUCGACUUCGACGUCGAGAUACCUGAUCAAGUUAUAAUGCUCGAUCCCAGAUUGAAAGAGAAGGACGAGACGUACUUUCGAAUAGCUCAGAGAUACCAGGACGUGUUGGCCAGUCUGGACAAUUUAAAGUUCACGCAGGAGAGUAAACCCGGGAUGGAUACCGAGAACAAGACGAGCUGUCAAGACGUCGAGGUCAUUCGGUCCAGUGAAUCGACAAUUUCAACGGGAAAUAAAAGACGAAAAAGUAGCGAGGAAGCGACAAACGAUUCGGGCGAGCCCGUGCGGAAGAAGAAGAAGAACAACAACAACAACAACAACAAGAGGAAGUCGGAAGGAAGCAAAGAGGACGAAGAAACGUCAGAGAAUAGAGCGGAGCUCGUAGCGAUCGAGAAAGGAUCAAUCGUCGACGACGACGACGACGACGGCGAUCAUCACCACCGGAAACAGACGGAAUUAUUCGACCCGUCGCGACCCAGCGCUGAGCACGACGACGAUUCGAAAGAAAACGGCGGUUCGACGCAAGUCGGAGGAGCCGCAGCAGACGGCGAACACGUGUACACGCGCGUCAGCGAAAUUUUGAAACGCAGCUCGAUGCGACAGAAUUGUUCGAGCAGCAGGAUCGACGAAACGGAUGUACAGAAACGAUACACUCGCAUAGCGUUGUUGAGAAUGAGAGAGGAACUGAACGAACUCACGGUGGCAGAUAGUCACCACGCGCACGAAUACUUCGUCGUCAAUAUGUUCAAAGUGUUUUACUCUUUGCAACGGAGCUCGGAAGACUCGGUCGGUGGUACGAACGAUUCUGGCUUCAAACAUCUCCCGAUUCCCCCGGAGUUGAUACCCUUGACGUUGAGCAGAGUGAACGAUCUGAUCGAGGAAAUAGGCAAAUUCGCUGUAUAUCCCAAGACAGUGAUUCCGUAUUCAGAUUUUAAGAAGACCGGUCUCAAUAGUUGGUUCAAAUACGAUCACGUGGACGCGGUUUAUAAUUUCGUACGCGACAAGCGGGAACUCGGAGCUAGCGUGCAGGAGCUGAUGGACGAGUUCCACGAGAUCGACAGAUUAGGAGAGGACUUGCGUCGUAUCGUUUCGCUUCUCACCGAACAUCGCCUGUUCCUGCGAGCCGGCGUGACCACGGUCAGAUACGUACAUCACUGCUACGCUGAUUCCUGGUUGAUAAACUCUUAUAAGAUAUGUAGAAACGAGAAGGAAGCACUAGUCCCUGUGUCGGCGAAAGCCGUGUACUCCACCGAAACGAGGAAGGAGGAACCAUCAGGAGGAAGAGAGAAAGGUAUCGACAACGAGGUGGUGACGAGAACUGGAGGCAAUUCCGACCGGGACUCGGACAGGGACGCGUUCAGCGACGAGGAAUCGGAGGAGAAUGCUGGAGCGAAUAGAAAAUCGCAGAGGAAGAGAAUAAAAUUGUCACCUCACGAAGAUCACGCGUCUACCAAAGCGACUCCGAAGCAAUUGGACACGAACGCGAAGCAAGAGAUCAAGGUGGCGAUAAGACCGUGGAUACGGAUAGACGGUGCAGUGAACCGCAGAGUGCUCGAUCGCAUGCUCGGAUCGGUUUUGUCCUACUGCCUCACGCAUCCGGGGAUACCGUUAGUCAAAGUGCAAAACAGAUUCGUUCCGCCUCUUCAACCUUGCCACACUCGCGAGCUAGUCGAGAUACUGGUGACAAUGGGGUGUCUGCGAACAAUAAUAUUGAAGAAACCGCGCGUGACAUUAUUCUCUAAGCCUUCGCGAGUCGAGCCAAAGAGCACGAACAGCGAGUGGGCCGUUGAAGAAGAUAUAUUCCUGGAACCUACCAGCGGCGCAACGUUGAAGUUCGGAGUGUUCUUAAGCACCAAGAUGUACAGUACAGAUUUCGUAAAGUGAUCAGUGAAUAGCGAGUGCAACGUGCACAUUGACACGAUUUCAACGUUUCACGUUUGUGCGUUUACGAGGUUCGUAACGUUCUUGUUAUAUGGAUAAUCGAGAGGUUGUUUAUGAACAAUGAUGGUGCCAAAUGCGCAAAAUUGUAGAUAAUAGAAUACGCUGUGAGAAGUGA